GCUCGUCGUAUUGAAAAGCACGAACCGUACCUCGCUCUUCUUCGUCUUCUUCCUUCGAUCUCUCCCUUUCGAUCCUCCAUUUCCUUUUAAUUAUCAUUCCUAAUUCUUCAAUCCACUCUCUAUUUCGUUUAAUUCCCCUUAUCUUCUUCCGUUUGAUUCCAAAAUCGUUCCCUUUUCUUACUCAUCAUCGUGGUCUAGGGUUAGGGUUUCGAUUCGGUCUUUCGAGUUCGUAGAUCGUCGUAUUUCCUUCUGUAUUCCCCAAAACUCCUGGUUUUGGUUCUUAUUCCCUUCAUAUUUCGUCCCAAUUCGACAUAAUAUCUGUACGCGUUUACGAGUUUAGGGUUUCGGACAGGUCGACUUUUAGGGCUUUUUGAUUUUUGAAUUUCUGGUGGGUUUUUCUGUAAAUUACUUUAGGGGAUUGAUUCCUACCCAUACCUGACGAAAUUCUAGCGCUCGUUUGGUUGUUAAUUUAAACAUUUCUGCGCUGAGUCAAGAAUCUAGGGUUAGGGUUUGAAAUACAAUUUUGUAUUAUUCUAAUUGGUGGAAUUCAAUUGGGGAUACGCUCUCUGGCGUCGAGGGACAACCUUUGCUGUGUGAUUCUUUGUCCAAUUCUCUUCAAUUAGGCCUUUGUUUUUCGUUUGGCCCUAAACUGUUGUCCUAAAGGUGCUGACGGGUUGUCUGAAGUUUGAAUUUGAAAAUUAGAAUCAGAAUGGGGUAUAAGAGAGGUUUUGAGGCUAAUGAAUAUGAGGAUCUUUCUUUGAACAAGGCAAAACGUUUUGAAUGCAGCAAUGAACUGGUUUCAUUUGCUGAUAUUGUUACACCCAACAAGGCUUUUGAAAAGAAUAUUAUUACAGGUGAUGAUGAAGAUGGCUUUUACAAUAUUCAAUGGUACGAUCCACUUGAAACAGACACUGCUAAGGAAUCUCUUUAUAUGGGUGACAAGAAUGUUCAAACCAGUGGUCACUUCAGCUGUUAUAGUGAAGAAGAUACUGGUUCUGGGGCUACAUCAUUAUCAUCUGCUUCCUCAGGUUGUUCGGAACUUGAAAUUCCACAGAAAGCAUUUGUUCCUUUGGAUGAUGACGAUUUGGCCUUUGAUUGCUCACCUAGAAAAGCAGUUCCCAUUGGACCAAAUCAUCAAGCCAACAUUCCUAUUUGGAGAGGUAAAGUGGAUAAUAAAAUGUCAGAGUUAGGCAUAUAUAAUCAUGACAGUCCCUCUUCUGGCUUAGUAUCAGCUCAUACUGUUGAUGAAGAUGAAGAGAGACUCAUGGGGACUACUGUGCUCUCAAUGCAUGAAUCUAGCUUUUAUUCUUCUAUUAGUAAUGAGAGUGGACAAGGCAGGACAGAGUGUAACUGCAUUGAUCGUGGCUCCAUCAGAUGUGUUAGACAGCAUGUUAGGGAAGCGCGUGAAAUGUUAAGGGAGACUCUUGGGGACGAAAGAUUUGUGAACUUGGGCUUUGGUGAUAUGGGAGAAUAUGUUUCACAGCAAUGGACUGAAGAAGAAGAAGACAUGUUCCAUGAAGUUGUCUACAGCAAUCCUGCAUCUUUGGGUAGAAACUUUUGGAAGCAUUUAGCAGCCACUUUCCAAUCUCGAACUAAUAAGGAAAUUGUCAGCUACUAUUUUAAUGUUUUUAUGCUGCGGAGGAGGGCUGCUCAGAACAGGUCCAGAUUUUUGGAUAUUGAUAGUGAUGAUGAUGAAUGCCAUACGAGAAAUGCUGGGAUUUUUGGUUUUGAAAAUUCCGAUGAUUCUGCCAUUGAAUCUCUUGGUGAUCAAGAUGGCCGUGUAGAAAACCAAGAUAAUUAUUCUGAUGAAGAUGAUGAAGAUGAUAACAGUGACGAUGGGACUGAAGAUAAUGUUCUUGGUUUUACUGGAUGUGAUGUGGGAAACAGCUCUGAGAUAGAGGGUGAGAUUGUUCAAAGUUCAUCAAAUUGGAAGUUGAACUCACAAAUUGAGACUUGGAGAAAUCCUGAUGAGCAUGUUAAUGGUACUUCAGGGAUUCUGAACUACAAUAUGGAUGACUCCUGUAUGUCCUUUGAGUGUGAUGCCAAUAUGGAUGUGUCUUGCCAUUCUCAUGGAUUGGGAGAUGCUAGUCCUGGUUUGCAUGCUAGGGGAUUUAAAUGUGAUCAGAGUCCACGCAUGCAGGGAAAACUUGAUUUGUCCAGCAAUGCGAUGGAGCAUGUUUAUCUGAUGGAGCCCUGUGUUACUAAAGAUUGGUAUCCUGGGUACUCAACAUGUCCGACUUCGACUACAGAUUUAGACUUCUUACCUACGUCCAAUUUGAUUGAAGAGUUUUUCGGUCAUGGUACUCUUGAUAAAAAGACCAGAAGUGACUGAGGUGUUAGCUAGUCUUGUAGUUUUUAUGGCACCAGCACGACAGUUUUAAGUUACUUGAGGAUGCCAAGCUAGGAAGAGCUACCUAAUGGUGGUGGUGGUGGUUAGGUGUAAAAUACAAUAUCCAAGGUUGGAAGGAAAGCCUUCUAUUCUUUAUUUCUUUGUUUUAUUAUUUCCUUUUAUGCCAGAGAGGAGAGGGUGAGGGUGGAGGUACUUUUGUUGUUAAUUUGUAUAUAUACUUCGUAUGGACCUCACCGUAUCCAAAAAAAAAGAAAAAUUGGGUUCUCCCUGUUACUGUUGUUCAUUUUACUACCCCAGAAUUUGUAUGAUAUAAUGUAAAAGGCCAGUUUGAAUUUGAAAAUAAUAUCGUAUUCUCUCA